AUGGCAAAACGCAGCCUGGACAAGCUGACUGAGGUGUUUGUGGAGGAUGCUGAGCUGCAGGCUCCUCACCUGGGCGACUAUAGCCAGAAUGUCAAUGCGCGGAUCUACAAUCCGCUCUCGGGAAUCUCAAAGUCCGAUCUUGAUGACCGGGUGCUUCGAUUCUGUCAAGAGUAUGGAUUUGAGGAUCAUGUCGAUACCUUUCAGAAAGGCGCUCUGGUAGCACAGCGACCAAAGGAGUUCGAGGAGCUCUCUGAGAUAACCGAAGAUGAUAAGUAUCAUCUCCGACGAGAAUAUACACACAAAUGGCAUCUUCCUAAGGCCUUGUACUUCAGUAUUGGCCUGUGUUCUCUCGGAUCUGCGAUUCAGGGAUGGGAUAACACAGGAGCAAAUGGUGCCAAUCUAUCGUUUCCCAAGGAGUUCGGAAUUGAACAUAAUACAUGGCUCGUCGGCGUGAUCAAUGCAGGACCGACGCUCUUUGGGCUUCUGAGUGCGUGGGCCGCAGAUCCCUUGAAUAACAUGCUUGGAAGAAGAGGCGUUAUCUUCUUGACCGGAUUGUUCUGUGUAUUCCCAGUUCUAGCGCAGGCAUUCACCCACAACUGGUGGAGCCUACUGAUUUGCCGCCUCUUCAUGGGCCUUGGGAUGGGCGUCAAAAUCUCAACAAUCCCAGUUUUCAGCGCUGAGAUCAGCCCUGCAUCUAUUCGUGGCGGUUUGGUUACUAGUUUCCAAUUAUGGGUGGCUUUUGGAAUCUUCAUUGGAUUUUGUUCCAAUCUCAUCUUCUAUCGGGUUGGGGACCUCGCCUGGCGCUUUCAACUGGGCGCAGCGUUUGCUCCGGCUGUCCCUGUCCUGUUCUUGGUCUGGUUCUGCCCUGAAUCACCAAGAUGGCUCAUGAAGAAGCGGCGCUACCAAGAUGCAUUCAGGUCAUUCUGUCGAUUGCGCAACACGGAGCUUAUCGCUGCAAGAGAACUGUACUAUGCACAUUGUCAAGUCAUGACGGAGCGAGAUGCAUUUGCAGGAACCUCACUGGCCUCAAGAGUGUGGGAGCUCUUCACUGUCCCCCGCCUCCGCCGGGCCAUGAUUUCAAGUUCCUUGAUCGUCAUUGCCCAGCAAUUCUCCGGCAUUAAUGCGAUGGCUUUCUAUUCCAGCACUAUCUUUGCUGAAGCCGGCUACUCACCACGAGACUGCCUCCUUGCCUCCCUCGGGUUCGGAUUGACCAUGUUCAUAUUUGCAAUUCCGGCCGUCUACACUAUGGAUACCUUCGGUCGUCGCAACCUGCUGCUAUUUACGUUCCCUAAUAUGGCAUGGUGUCUGCUAGCAGCGGGAUGUUGCUUCUUGCUUCCGGUUGAUUCUAAUGCUCGAGUGCCUUUGAUCGCGUUCUUUAUUUACCUUUUCGGUGCUUUCUAUGGUCCCGGAAUUGGGCCUAUCCCCUCUAUCUAUUUCAGUGAGGCUUUCCCAUUGUCUCAUCGUGAAUUGGGCGCAGCGUUCACCAUCUGUGUGAACAACAUUGUCGGAAGUGUACUCAGUCUCUCGUUCCCGUCGAUUCUGGCAACGAUGACAGCGACCGGCGCAUUCGGAUUUUACGCUGCGCUCAAUAUGCUCGCUUUUGUGCUUAUAUUUUUCAUUAUACCAGAGACCAUGCAACGAACUCUCGAGGAGCUGGACUAUACCUUUGGAGUGCCUAUCCACAAGCAUGCUCAGUACCAGGUAGGAACGUGGCUGCCGUGGUUUGUGAAGCGAUACUUUUUAUUCCAGCGGUCUGCGAAAUUGGAGCCCCUGUACAAGCUGGAGGGUCUGUGA